AUGCCGUCGGCAAACUGUUCUCCUUCUGGUUCCCAGAGCAUGGGUAUCCUCGGACAGUCCCGUUAUCAACUUGCCAUCGACGGUCGCGGUAACGCAUGGUGCGAUACAAAAAAACAGAAGCCAAAAAGCGCUACCCAGCAGAACAACACUCGUGUUUCAGGGCUGUCCCAAAGGAGGAUCAAGUCAGGUAGCAGUAAGGGUACCAAUGGGACUGAAGUGCAGAAUGGACAUUCUGGAGGCGUUAAGGACAAGACGUCGACACAAAUGCGCGGAUUCAGUGACAGAAUAUCUAACAUUCUAUUGAACGCCUCCAAUACAAGGUCGACAUCUGUGGACAACAUGCCAGAAGGUAGAAGUAAAAGAUCCGUGGAGAAAAGAACAACUGAACUACUCAAACGAAGGAAGAAUGUAAACACGAUGUCAAAAUUUCAAAACAGAGGAGCGUAUACUGGGAAGGUACAACCAAUAGGAACAAAAAGCAACAGUGAAUCUAACGGGCUUUCUGAAACGGAUUACAAGGACAAGAAGCCAUCACAAAAUGCUGGGCAAGGGACGGAAUCUCCAAAGCACACACCAACAAGUGUGCAACCAGAUACAAUAGAUCGACUAAGGUCACCAUCAUCACAUUGUCCUGAUCGUUUAGCAUCUCCCAUCCUGGAAUCUGGUGAAGGUGGGUCUCCGGUGAGUUUUAUCAGAGACCUAGACCUGAAAUCAAGCUCAAUGCGAGCUGAGUCGUCCGCGUCAAGAUAUUCCACAAGGAGCUCGGUCACUAUCCCAAUAAACACCAGCACCCCCAUCUCUGCCUGGAGUGACUACACCGUCCCGGACGAGGAGGAGAUGAGGCAGAAACUGCUGAAGGGAAAGUUUGGGGCUGAGUUUGAGAACUAUUACCCACACGUUUCCAGGAAGAAGUUGCUGGCAGUGCCUAUACCAUCUGAUGAUGAAGACUAUGAUACAGAUCUAGAUGAAGGUGCCGACUUGGUGUCUGUUGAGAGAGCAAGACAGAGAAGAGAGGAUAGCCCCUUCCCAGAUUACAAACACAUGUGUCGUACGCUGCACAAAGUUCCCAACAGUUAUUUCAUACGUCAUGCUUUGGAAGAUGAUUUUGCAAUGAGAUUUCGCUACCUUGGUGUAAAAGACACAAAGGCAUUGUCAAAGGAAAUAAAGAAUGACGCCACCAUAUCAAAGAUAGACUUUACUGACAACGGACUAGGACCUUCCCAGACGUAUUGGCUUGCUCAAAUGCUACACAAUAACACGACAAUCACAGAUAUUAAUUUGUCUGAAAACAGUAUCGGAAGCAAUGGAUCCCGUAUUCUGCGUUUAGUGCUAAAGGGACAGUCGCGUUUACAUUCCUUAAAUCUCGCAGGUAAUGCGAUCGGAGACAAAGGGGUCCGACUCAUCGUUAGCGGUCUAGAGAGAAACGUGUUUUUGAAAGAAUUAAACCUGUCACACAAUGACGUCGGUGAAAGAGGAUUGAAGUACUUGUGUCCUUUUAUCGCCAACAACGUCAGCCUUGAUGUCCUUGACCUUUCCUGGAAUCACAUACGCACACAAGGAGCUGUUAUGUUGGCCAAGGCGGUCAAGUACAACCAGCAACUGCGCGUGCUGCGUGUGUCAAUGAACGGGUUCCACGUGGAGGGUGCACGGGCCCUGGGCGACGCGCUGGAGGAGAACACCACCCUAUGGGAGCUGGACGUCAGUGCAAAUAGGAUAUCAAGGCUUGGGGCUCGGGCACUAGCUGAAGGCAUGGCUUACAACACAGAACUCAGGUGUCUCAAGGUCGGGUUUAAUCCCUUAACCCCUGAAGGAGCAGAAGCCAUAUUAGAUGCUGUGGGAGGCAGGGACAACAGCGAGGGUAUGGUGGUUGACUUUGAGGGUGUGUACGUUAACCACAGUUUUGAAUCCCACGCAACUGACCUCAUGGAGGACGGCAAGAUCAAGGUUAUUUACCAUCUAGAACCAUCACGUCGAGGAAGAUCAUGGGACGUGUUAUCCAGCUACAUACAAUCCCUGCUCCAUCUGAUUCGUGAGUUAAAACUUGACGUCACAAGCAUUUUCGCUGACAUCAUAGAAGAUAACGUCAUCAUCUCAGCGAGUGACGUCAUCCAGCGUUUGUUGAAGUCGACGCAAAUACGAAAUAAGAUCUCCCAGGCACUUUUGAACCAGUUCGUUCACUCAAACGGCAACAAGCGUUUCCUCAUCCGAGAUUGGGACAUGGCAAUGCAGAGACUACACGGAAAAGGAGACAUGCAAAGUCCGUCAAAGUCCUUGACCUUGCUACCGUCCAUGACCUCCGGGUCAUCUGAUUCUCGACGCUCAGCAGCAUCCUCCUGGUGGAAGGGGAGCGGCACCACUGAUAACAGAUCCAGGGGUGGUACUCCAACUGUGUCGGCAGAAGCUUGAAUAUCAUCGACGGAACAUUCGCACUUUCUGUGUGACAUUCUGACCCUUUCAGUAAAGCCGUUCCUGUGUUUCCCGUUUACAUAAGUUGGGAACUUAUGGUUUACAUCGAUGUGGCCUGUGCCAAAGUUCCAGUAACUACAGCCACUUAUAUAUUUCACUACUGAUAAGGAACGAUCGGACAUGCUCUCUCUAAGAAGAUUUCAAAAAGCGUCAUACAACUUUUGUUCAGUAUUUGCUUUUACAACAUUCGGAAGGCCUCAGAAUAGGAGACGUCUUAUGAUGGGUUAUGCGGAAUAUAUAUAUUUAGAAAUUUUAGGCAUUGCCCAUUUUGAGUCGACUGUAAAAUAUAUUAUGAGCAUGAGUGUAUAUAGAGGAUACUAAACGACCUUCCGUGUAAUACCAUAUUUAUUAAACGAGUGAAUGAUUUGGUAUCAAACGAGCGAAAGUUUGAUACCAAAUCAUUCACGAAUUUAAUAAAUAUGGUAUUGCACGGAAGGGAGUUUAGUAUUCUGUUUAUUACUCGCCCACAUUAAUCAGGCGAAAUCGCCGAAAAACGACCUAACAGUGUGCAGACAUUUGCAGCAAGACAAUCUAGGUCACGCGUAUGAAUACAUAGCUUCGGUGAAAUCAUGGGAUUUCCAUCUGCAUAUAGUUUGAAAAUAAAAACACAAUAGAUGGUGUCAUUUGAACAAAUUAGCAUUUUAUACUUUGAAAAGUUUCAAUCGAAAACUCAACAAUUGAAAUCACAAUGCAUUUGAAGUGAUAGACAUAGUCUCAUUGGGUAACCAAUAACAGGGAUUCCCUUGAAUGUGGCGGAAACUUUAUUUUGAAGAUUUGAAGAAGUGUCAGUUUAUUUGUUCUGUCCACCAUAGAAAUUCAGGUUGAUUACUGAAUUAUUUACGGCACCUGCGAAGAUUGAACUCAGAUUGUGAACUUGAAUCUGUGACAUUUAUUGUUUGAACUUGAUUUUGAGAUGCGACAUUCGCCACUGAUAACUGGCGGUUUUCCUGCGCUCAAAGUGCCAUGUGCGAAUCACUAGCAUCAUCGCUCGACCUGCUCAAUAUCUUGCUGAUAGUUUUGUGUUGAUCUUCGGAUAUGUGCGAAUAGUUAUUGAUGCUUUGCACGUUAUUAUGCCCACUGAUCUGCAUAAUCUGCGUUGGAGGCACAUUUUUGUCAGAGGGUGUUUGAACAAGAUACGUUCGUGCAGAAUGGUUUGUGAGGCGUUUAGUCUGCUCAAGUUCAGUAUUGGAUGCCAUUCGCUUCAUAAUAGAAGCGAGUUCAUUUACGCCUACCGAUUGCCGUUUAA